GCCCAGGCCGGCUUCAUGCAGCGCCAGUUCGGGGCCAUGCUGCAGCCCGGGGUCAACAAGUUCUCCCUGAGGAUGUUCGGCAGCCAGAAGGCGGUGGAGCGCGAGCAGGAACGGGUUAAGUCCGCCGGCUUCUGGAUCAUCCACCCGUACAGCGACUUCAGGUUCUACUGGGACCUGACCAUGCUGCUGCUCAUGGUUGGGAACCUCAUCAUCAUUCCGGUGGGCAUCACCUUCUUCAAGGACGAAAACACCACGCCGUGGAUUGUUUUCAACGUGGUCUCGGACACCUUCUUCCUCAUUGACCUGGUCCUCAAUUUCCGCACAGGGAUUGUGGUGGAGGACAACACGGAAAUCAUCCUCGACCCGCAGCGGAUUAAGAUGAAGUACCUCAAGAGCUGGUUUGUGGUGGAUUUUAUCUCCUCCAUUCCAGUAGAUUACAUUUUCCUGAUUGUGGAGACGCGCAUCGACUCGGAGGUUUACAAGACCGCCCGAGCCCUGCGGAUCGUCCGCUUCACCAAAAUCCUCAGCCUCUUGCGGCUUCUGCGGCUUUCCAGGCUGAUCCGCUACAUCCAUCAGUGGGAAGAGAUCUUCCACAUGACCUACGACCUGGCGAGCGCCGUGGUGCGGAUCGUGAACCUGAUCGGGAUGAUGCUGCUCCUGUGCCACUGGGACGGCUGCCUCCAGUUCCUCGUGCCCAUGCUGCAGGACUUCCCCGAGGACUGCUGGGUCUCCCUGAACCGCAUGGUGAACGACUCCUGGGGGAAGCAGUAUUCCUAUGCGCUGUUCAAGGCCAUGAGCCACAUGCUGUGCAUUGGCUACGGGCAGCAAGCCCCCGUGGGCAUGUCGGACGUGUGGCUCACCAUGCUGAGCAUGAUCGUGGGCGCCACCUGCUACGCCAUGUUCAUCGGCCACGCCACGGCCCUCAUCCAGUCCCUGGAUUCUUCCCGACGGCAGUACCAGGAGAAGUACAAGCAAGUGGAGCAGUACAUGUCCUUCCACAAGCUCCCGGCGGAAAUGCGCCAGAGAAUCCAUGACUACUAUGAGCAUCGCUACCAGGGCAAGAUGUUCGACGAGGAAAGCAUCCUGGGGGAACUGAGCGAGCCCCUGAGAGAGGAGAUCAUCAACUUCAACUGCCGGAAGCUGGUGGCCUCCAUGCCGCUCUUCGCCAACGCCGACCCCAAUUUCGUCACCUCCAUGCUGACCAAGCUGCGCUUCGAGGUGUUCCAGCCCGCCGACUACAUCAUCCGGGAGGGGACCAUCGGGAAGAAGAUGUAUUUCAUCCAGCACGGGGUCGUCAGUGUGCUCACCAAGGGGAACAAGGAGACCAAGCUGGCCGACGGAUCCUACUUUGGAGAAAUCUGCCUGCUGACUCGUGGCCGGCGCACGGCGAGCGUGAGGGCCGACACGUACUGUCGCCUCUACUCCCUCUCCGUGGACAACUUCAACGAGGUGCUGGAGGAAUAUCCGAUGAUGAGAAGGGCUUUUGAAACGGUGGCGCUGGAUCGGCUGGACAGAAUCGGCAAGAAGAACUCCAUCCUGCUGCACAAGGUGCAGCACGACCUCAACUCGGGCGUCUUCAACUACCAGGAGAACGAGAUCAUCCAGCAGAUCGUGCAGCACGACCGCGAGAUGGCGCACUGCGCGCACAACGUCCCGCCCGCGGCAGCCUCCACGCCCACGCCGGUCAUCUGGACGCCGCUCAUCCAGGCCCCCCUGCAGGCCGCGGCCGCCACCACCUCCGUGGCCAUCGCGCUCACCCAUCACCCCCGCCUGCCCGCGGCCAUCUUCCGCCCGCCCGUCUCCGUCCUGGGCUCCCUGGGGCAGGCGCAGGGCCAGACGCCGCGGCGCCUGCGGCGGCUCCACUCCCUGGUCUCGUCGGCGGGGCCCUCCGCCAUGGGCUCCCCCGCCAGCACGCCCUCGCAGCAGCACACGCCGGGCGCCGAGACCCUCUCCUCCUCCUGCUUCCAGAUCCAGCAGCUGGCGGGCUUCACGGCCUCUGCCGGGCUGGGCCAGUUCCACCGGGCCUCCUCCGGCUCGCCCUCCGCCGGCUGCGCUCAGCGCUCCCUGGGCAGCCCGCCCUCGGCUGGACGGGGCCCCCUCCGGCCGGGGCCGGCGGACUCGCCCGAGGGGGCCGCUCCACCGCAGGCCGCAGACAGCGGCCUGUCCAGCGCAUUCGGCCCCUUCCAGAAGGCCCCCGCCAGCCCACCCUCGGCCCUCCCCGCCUUUGCCCCGCCCUCGGCCAACCGCCCCGGCAGCCCCCUUGGCCCUCUGCAACCCGCCUGCAGGCCCCUCCCGGGGGGGCCGUCCCAGCAGCUCUCAGGACCCGGGGCCCCGGGCGGGACGAGCCACUUCCCGCCGCCUCCCUCGUCCGGGUCCCCCUCCUCCGGCCCCGGCCAGCCUCCGCAGGCUCUGGGGGGCUCCGCCUCGGUAGCCCCGUGUCCAGCCCCGCCAAGUGCAUUACGACCUCCGGCCGCGCCUGCUGCAGCUGCCCACCCGCACCAGGACAGGCCGCCCCACGCCUCCCUGUCUCCCCCGCACCGGCCUGCCGCCACCCCGCCUUCGUACUCGCCGUCAGGCCUUAGCCCCCCAAGCCACAGCCCCGCGGCCAGGACUUUGCAGCGCGGCCCCUCCGGGGCGCUGGGCUCCCGCGGGUCCCUGCUGACGCCUCAGGCCCUGCAGCCCAGAAGUGGCCCCUCGCUCCCGCCCGGACGGUUGACCCAGGACCUCAAGCUCAUCUCUGCUUCGCAGCCGUCUCUGCCCCACGGCGCCGCCCAGACUCUGCUGCAGGGCUCGCCCCACUCCUCGAGGGAGUCGGUGUCCAGCUUCUCGUCCUUCUCCGGAGGGGGCGGGGGCCAGCCCCCUGGGAAGCCAUACGGCGGCGUGCCCGGGCGGGUGACUCUGCCGCGCCCCACGUCCUCAGGGUCUCUGCCUCCUCCGCCGGCUCGCGAGGCCAGCUGUGCCGUCUCCCCGCCUCUGACCGCCGUCGAAGGGAAGACGGGCCCGCGAGGGCUGCCUGGAGAGCGGGAACCCACGCGAGCGAAACUGCCCUCCAAUUUGUGA